AUGAAUCUGGUGAAAGCCCUUUUAAACAAGUUGUACCGAAAAACAUACAAGAAGAAAAGAGAUUUUCCAUUCAAAAUUCAUACAGAUCGUCAAAUGCGGUCAUACCGUAUACCAUUAUUUGUUAUAUUAAUCAACGCGAUCGUUUUUGCCCAGGAACAUGAGAUUCCGCAAUUCAAAAGAGGACCCAUUACCAUUGUUGACGAAACGGCAUUGUCUAAUCCAAACUCUUUCGACUAUGAUUUUUCGGAGGAUUUGAAUAAACCUGCCGAUGAACAAGAUUUAUACGAUCAAUUCAUUGAUCAGCUUCCGAUGUUCCAUCUUUUCAAAUUAGGAAGAGAUAAUGGUGUCACGGAGGUACCAAUUGUAACAAGAAAAUGGGAUACCUGGUUUACUCCAACAACCAUCAGUCAUAAGGAACAAAAAUUUACAUUCUACAUGACGACUCCAAAACCGAAGCCUCGUCCGAGCAUCAACAGAGGACCUGUCUGGAGAAUGGGAACAGUUUCAUUUUCAAGAACUACUACUAGAAGACCAACAACUCCCCUAAAAUGGACAAGACGACAAUUCAAAGUUCAAACUGCGCCUAGAAUACCACCAACGACAACAACAACCACUACCACCCAGAAGCCCAGUACAAUAAAAUCGGCGUCGAGAUGGAUUGCAGGACCACGUCAUCCACCGAAAUUCAAUGAAAAUCAAAACUGGCGACACCCGAUCAAACAUCUUCAAGAGCGUCUUCAGCACCCAAUCCCAACUGACCCAAUUUCAAAGAAACUUCCGAAACCAAUUGUUAUUCAGAAUCCUCAUGGAUCCCAAUACAGAGGACCAACAUAUAAUUGCCGAGUUCUCAACCCUUUCACUGAUGGACAACCCUCCUCUGAACAUGACAACAGGUGCAAAAUGCUUUAUCCAGGAUUAUCUCUUGAUGGAUCGUGUCGAUGCUUCUACAAGGUUGCCGGACGUGAUGAACAUGGUUGUGCUACAGGAUUUGUAUAUGCAUGCCGUUCCAUUGGCUUGCGAAGCGUCAAUGUAUAA